AUGUACGAGAAUGACUCAUCCAGUCUUUGUCCAAAACAAAAAUAUUCCUAAAACUAUGCUAAGGCUACCCUAUCUUAGUUUACGUCUGCUGCAAUGAAAAGACUUCUUUAUACAGAGAUAUUUCUGUCUCCUCUAUAUAAAGAUUGGAGGCCUCAAGUUACUUCCUUUUUUCUUUAUUUUAUUCCCUAAAGUUGUUCUCUUUCUACAUCUACUUAGAUAAUUCUUGAUUUUCUUCCUCCUAAUUUGAGAUUUCUGACUUUGGGUCUAGUCUUGAUUAUCUCAGAAGAGUGACCGUUAGGAGCAAAAACAAAGUGGGAAUUUAGCAACUGAUGGAGGGUUUGGCAGCAUAUACAGUUGUUGUGCUUGUUCUAGCUUUAGCUAUCGUUGUAUCUGCGGAGAAAAUUCCACAUGAGGCUACUUUGAGCAACAAUGGAACAACUCAUAGUACGGACUCAUAUUACUUCUUUGACCUAUUCAAUCUUCUUCAGAAAAUGAGUGAAAUGCAUUACCACCAUGUUUGGCCUGAACUGGAGUGUGGUUGGAGAGUAAUUGUUGGUUCAGUAAUUGGAUUCUUUGGUGCUGCUUUUGGGAGCGUAGGAGGCGUUGGAGGAGGCGGUAUCUUUGUUCCCAUGCUGACUUUGAUCAUUGGAUUUGAUCCAAAAACAUCAACUGCAAUAUCAAAAUGUAUGAUCACUGGUGCAGCGGGUGCAACUGUAUACUACAGUCUUAAGCUGAGGCAUCCAUUGCUUGAACUUCCCAUCAUUGAUUAUGAUUUAGCUCUUCUUUUCCAACCAAUGUUGUUGUUAGGUAUCAGUAUUGGAGUUGUACUAAAUGUAAUUUUCGCCGAGUGGAUGGUUACGACCUUAUUAAUCAUUCUUUUCUCAGCUGCAUCAACAAAGGCAUUUUUCAAAGGUGUCGAGACAUGGAAGAAAGAAACUAUUAUUAAAAAGGAAGCAGUUAGGCGCUUGACAUCUAAUGUUGCUGGCGGCGAAGAAGUUGCAUACAAAAUUAUACCUGGAGGUCCAAACAAUGGUUCUACUAAUUUCACAAAUGAAGUAUAUAAAGCAACUGAGGUCUCAAUUUUUGACAAUAUGUAUUGGAAGGAUAUCUCUAGACUUGUUGCUGUCUGGAUCAUAAUCCUAGUUCUGCAUAUCUCCAAGAAUUAUGCACCAACUUGUUCAACGACAUAUUGGAUCUUAAACCUCUCUCAGGUCCCUGUGGCUGUUGGAGCUUCAGCAUAUGAAGCAGUUUGCUUGUAUAAAGGAUCAAGGACGAUUAUGUCAAGCGGAGAAACAGUGAUAACAUGGAAAGUGCAUCAGUUGAUUCUUUACUGUUGCUGCGGCAUUUUGGCUGGUAUAGUUGGUGGUUUACUCGGUCUAGGUGGAGGAUUCAUUUUGGGUCCAUUGUUUUUAGAGCUAGGAAUUCCUCCCCAGGUAUCAAGUGCCACUGCUGCCUUUGUUAUGAUAUUUUCCUCCUCCAUGUCCGUCAUACAAUAUUACCUGCUCAGACGCUUUCCAGUACCAUACGCACUGUAUUUUAUUGCUGUGGCCGGUAUUGCAGCCUUAGUAGGGCAGCAUGUUGUACGAAGAAUAAUUAGUAUAGUGGGUAGAGCAUCUGUGAUUAUCUUCAUUUUAGCCUUCACAAUCUUUGUGAGCGCUAUAUCAUUAGGUGGAGUUGGCAUAGCAGACACAAUUAAAAAGAUCGAGGAAGGUCAACAUAUGGGGUUUGAUAAUAUUUGUGCAUAUAAUUAAUGUUAUUAAUCCUCAGGCGAAAUUUUUGUAUUCCACAUUUUGUUCCUAUAAUUCUUGUAUCAAAUGUUGAUUUUAGAGGAAUUUAGAUGUUUGGUCACUAUUGAUGUUCCCUUUAGUCAGCUCUGUGAUUAUAUAGCCAUAAUACAAUAUAUAAGCUUGUUAUGCAAUCAUGAAGAUUUUUUGCUUCUCAAA